CGCCUUAUCUUGCACUGUGCCAUGAAUGCCAUCCUCACUGCCACAUAACAAAUAAAUGCAUGAAUAAAUUCAAACAAAUGUGAUUUAUUUAUGUCAGUUGUUGAUUACGGUGAAGACCUUAAAGUCAGAAACAACUCUGCUGGUGCAUCUUGUACAUCAAAAUGCAUAUAUUUUUGUACAUAGCUGUUAUCGGUGUAUUUUCCUCAGUGGGUGGAGCAUUUGGGAGCACGGGAAAUAUCCCCAGCAGGAAGAAUGACUUGGUCAGUGACACGAGUUCCGCGUCGACUGUGACUGGGGACGAGGAUGAAGACAUUCGCAGGGAACAAAAGCCUUUUGUAGUUCGACUGCCCACGAAUUACAGCAUGCACCUGCCCCCACCUCUCAUCAACGGACAAGCCGUCCCAAUCUACUUUUCUCUCCUCCUGUUUAACGUCUUCGACAUUAAGGAACUUCAAGGAGAUCUCAGUCUGGAGACAAAUCUCAAAAUAUACUGGAGGGACACGCGACUAGCAAAUUUAACCGGAAAUGGCAACGACGAGGAGUAUCUUGUUCUGAGUCCUUCCCUUAUAACACAAGUUUGGCAUCCAGACGCAUUUGUGGAUCACAUGAAGAGCGUUGCCCAACCCUCACUGAUUUCGAAGGCUGCAUCACUCCGACUUUAUCCGGAUGGAUCGCUCCGAUACUCGGCAAGAAUGAUAAUUAAUUUGAGCUGCCGAAUGGAUUUCUAUUUUUAUCCCGCCGACACGCAGCGUUGUCAUCUGGACAUCAAAAGCUAUGCUUAUUCGACGAAACAUGUCACCAUUUCCUGGAAAGGUGGAAAAGGUCCUGAGCUCGCGUAUCCCAUCGAUAUUCACAAUUUCGACGUGGCAUUGGACACUGAGCCGGAUUACACUCAGGACACGAGGUCGGCGUCUUACUCUGCCAUACGAUUCACGCUCUACCUCCGCCGGAAGUUGAGCUACCACAUUUUUCAAACAUUCAUCCCCAGUGCGCUAUUCACCAUCGUCUCCUGGCUCAGCUUCCUCGUUCCUCCAGAAAGCACUCCGGGUCGAAUGGCAAUUUGUGUGACCACUCUUCUCACACUCUCCGCCAUGUUUUCAUCCGUGCGGCAGAACAUGCCCUCUACAAGCUAUUUGAAGGCCUUGGAUCUAUGGAUGCUGACCUGUGUGGUAUUCGUCUUUACCGUUAUCAUUGAAUACACAGCGGUUCUCAAAUUGAGGAGCAUGACUGUCAAAGAGAAGAAGGAGCCCGUCGUGGUUUUGGUCCCAUCAUCAGGCACCAAGUCUGACUCGGGAGGAGUGAUAAUGGACGUCAGGGCGAGGUCAGUGUCAACCGAACCAAGUCCACAACUCGUGACGAAAAGAAGCAACUUUUCCGCCUUGGAUUUUAGCAACAAUGGUGAUGGGAAUCCUGCCACCGUGCCCUUGCUGAUGUCGCGACCCAUGACUCCGGCCAGUCCGUUGCCCCCCUCCGACAGUGGGGGUGAGAAGAAGAAGCCCACCAAGUACUUCAUACUCGCCUGCAAAUUUGAAAAAUAUACCCCGAGAAUUAUGCCGCUGCUAUUUCUAGCCUUUAAUCUAGCCUACUGGCCAGGUCUGCUCAUCAGUUCUGACUACUAUCAGUUGAGAGGUGACAAAGAAAUGUACUACUCACUGUGAAAAACAAAAUAUCUGAAAAUUCCAGAAUUAUUAGAAAUAAUUCUACAACUCCUAAUUGCCAUUACAUGUGUACAUGUAUGUACUUCUCUAACCGGCGCUUUGUACUUUUAUGUUAUCAUUUACAAACUUAUAUUGCGUGUACAUAAAAUUCUCAAGCAUACACAUAUUAUAA